AUGAAAAUUGCAGAAAGAUUGACGCCUGGUGAUUUCUUGAGAUUCCGUUCAGUUUGUACAGCAUGGGCCUCGGCUAUUACAGUUGGCGGUUAUUCACCUCUACGUAACUUUAUCCCAUGGCUGAUGCUCUCAGAUAAUCCCUACUCCUUUUUCAGCAUUCCUGACAGCCUCUCGUACCAUUAUCCCUCUGAUGUCAGAUGCAUCGAAUGCAUCAGUGCACAGAAUGGUUGGCUUGCAAUUGUACAUGGAGUCUCCAAAUAUUGCCUCAUCAAUCCCAUAACCAGAUCCCAAAUCAAUCUUCCUCCUGUCAGCCGUAAUUUCCACGUUAGGAAAAUUGUCCUGUCAUCUACCCCCUCAGCCAACAUCAGCAGCAGCUGCAUCAUUGUGGCAAUGUAUGGAGUCCUUUACUAUAGCCUAGCAUUCAGUAGAGCAGGAAGUACUUCGUGGACAUCAAUAAGGCUCACUCAUGGCAUGGAAAAAGGCAUCGAGGAUGUUGUUUACCAUGAUGGAAAUUUCUUUGUUAUAUCCACCAGAGGACAAGUACAAGCUUUAGACCUAAGUGGGCAUUGUCCUAUGGUAUUAUCUUUUGUAAACAACUAUGCUGAAGUAGAAGUAGAGCAGAGGGGGUAUUUGUGGACGAGGUAUUUGGUGUCAUCUUUUGGUGAUCUGUUGCUUGUUCGGAAGCAGAGGGAUUAUGUAAGGAAUAGACGGUUCAUAAUCAUGAAGUUUAAUCCAAUGAUAGACUCUUGUUGGGAGGAGAUCACAGACUUGGGCACACGAUCACUAUUCUUAGAUAACAAGAAUUUGACAUCGAUUUCUGCUAGUGAGAUAACAGGGCAUAAAGGAAAUUGCAUUUAUUUCAUUAAUGAACAUAUGGACUUUCAUGAUAAUUAUGUUUGCGAUGUUGAGAUAUUUGACAUAGAAAGCGGGACAAUUCAGCCUUGUUUUCGUCCUGAACUUCAGUUCAUCUGCUCACUACAGCUCCCUCCAAUUUGGUUUAUGCCUUCUUUAUCAUAAAGUGGAGCCUCAACAGCAUGUAUACUGAAUU